UUACUAUAUUUAUACAUUAGUCGAUGAAAAGGCAUUUCGGCAUGGCCAAACUGCCUCCUUUCCUCUCAACGAACUUAAUGGCUUGAAGUCGAAUCAAAGUGUCUGCAACUAACAACCAAUUCUUUCGAUGGCGCUCUCUGGUUCUCGCGAUGCUUGCCCCAUGGUAAAGAGCAUUCUUCUGCUAGACUCUGAAGGGAAACGUGUGGCUGUCAAAUACUACUCAGAUGAUUGGCCUACUAAUAAUGCAAAGUUAGCUUUUGAAAAAUCACUGUUUACCAAGACAAUGAAGCCAAAUGCCCGAACAGAAGCGGAGAUAACAAUGUUUGACAACUACAUUGUCAUCUACAAAUUUAUUCAAGAUCUACACUUUUUUGUGACUGGAGGUGAUGAUGAAAAUGAACUCAUCUUAGCUUCUGUUCUUCAAGGUUUCUUUGAUUCAGUUUCCCUUCUGUUGAGUACUGUUGAUAAAAGGGAGGCACUUGAGAACUUGGAUCUCAUCUUUUUGUGCCUUGAUGAGAUCGUGGAAAAAGGGUUUCUAUGUUCAGGACUUGUGCUACCUGUUACGCCUUCCUAUGUGCCUUAUUGUGAAUCGUAGCUUGUUUGGUGAAGUGAGCUAAUGGUUUUUGCAUCUCUUUAUCCGAUAUUCCUAUUUGAGUUAAAAGGACAGCAAUGACUUUCUUCUUACCUUUUUCUGUCCUGGCUAGGUCAUUAAACUAGGUUUCUUUCUGAUUAUUGUACCUUUGUUCUCCUCAGCAAUUAGAGUGGAGAGUGAAUAGUCAGCUUUAAAAGGGGGCAUUGUAUCAUUAUUUAACGUGAGCAGGAAAAACGUAUCUGUAGUUAACACCUGAAGAAUGAUUGGCUUAGUCUAAUAAUAGAGGUUUUAUAUAGUUUAAGUUCUUUAGUUGAGGAUUAGAAUUGGCAGAUCCUUUUAGUUAUUUGUAUCUUUUCCUAACCUUACUCUCACACUUAAAGAGAUUGCAGAAUAAGCAAAAUUAUCUUUCUUAUGGAAACAAUCCGAUAGCAUGGUUCAUUUUGAAGGUUUUGGGUAAAUGAUCCAAAAUGUAAACUUUUACCUAAGGAAUGAUUUAUUUUGCAAGAAAAGUAUUCAAAUGAUUUUUUACAAAAUCAUGCAUGAUUUAAUUUUGUUUGAAAAUGAGAAUGUUGUUAAUUUAAAAAAAAAUUAAUUAUUCCAUUUCAAACAACAAAAUUAAUAGAAAAAAAUUGAAUUAACUUAAAUUCUUGUGAAAUUUUUUAUUUCAAAUAAGGGUUAGCAAAAUCUCAAUCCAUUGAUUUUAUCUUUUCAAAGUACUAUAGACUGCUAGAUUUUUAAGCUUGUUUCUCCCAUGUCUGCGCCAACGUUGUGCUAUGCAUCCGCCAUGCUUCUGCUCACUGAUGGUGCUUUUCAGUUCUUUACCAAUGGUUGAGAAGCUUUUAACAUGUGUUUGUUCAUUUGU